AUGGAAGUCGAAGAAAAUCAAUCCAAUUUAAAUAUUUAUGAUCAUAAAAUUAUUUUAGAAAAUCAAGAAAAAUUUACACAACAAUUCAUAAACCAUGAGAAUAAAUUUAAAAAAUAUCGACAAUAUUAUACCGAGCGACAAUUUUUACAGUUUUUAGAUAAAUUACAAUCAUUCUCACAAGCACAGCAGCAAUUCUUAUUAGAACAACAAGAUUUAUUACAACAACCUUUGCAGCAACAGGAACAACAACCUUUACAACGACAAGAACGACAAAACUUAUUACAAGAACAACAACUUUCACAACAAGAACAACUUUUGCAACAAGCACCACAAAAUUUACAAGAACGACAUUUACAACAACAAGAACAGCAGCAUUUACAAGAACAGCAGAAUUUACGACAACAAGAACAGCAACAUUUACAACAACAAGAACAGCUUUUAUCACAAGGUCAACAACAUUUAGAUUGGCACCAACUACUUAUAAAACAAAUACAACAACUGAAAUAUCAAUUGCAACAACAAUUACAAUAUCCUUUAGAGCUGCAGAAAGAUCUUUUGCAAAGGCAAGAAGGAUUGUUACAAAACAUCCGGCAAUUUCCGAAACAGCUAUGUGAUGCCUUAAUUUAUCAACAAACUACACAACUAGAACAAGAUAUCAUAAAAAACUUGCAAUCUUUCGAUAAAAUCUUAUCGGAUCAACAACAAUUCAUAAGUGACCAACAACAGCUUAUACGAGGGAAGCAAAUUUAUGUAAAUGAACAAAUCGAUAAAGCAAACUGUUUUGACUUUGAAAAUGACUAUGUAAUCAUUAGUAAAGAUGUUUACAAUGCUCAUAUUCAAAGAUAUCAAGAUCCUUCUUACUUAACAUGUAGUAUCCUAAAAUCUAUUAUUCUCGCUCCUAAUAACGCUAAUAACGCAAAUGGUGUGAUAAAUUCAAGAAAUAUCGGUUCUGGAUGGUGGUCUUGGCAAAAUUCUAAUCAGUCUAAUCAGUCUAAUCAGUCUAAUCAGCUUCAAGAUCUUCAAUUAAAAAAUAAAUCACUUGAGAGUAAAUAUAAUCAACUUCUAACUGACCAUCAAAAUCUUAAAUCUGACUAUGAAUUUAUUGAGAUAAAUUAUCAAAAACUUAAAACAAAUUCUCAAAAUGAUCGUGAAGAUUUAUUAAAAAGGCUAAAUAAUCUGAAAAAAGCUAAUGAUGAUUUAAAAAAAGAAGCUACAAAGUAUCAAUUGGCCUUGGGUAAUGCAACAAGUUCUCACUUAGAAGCUCAAGAUUUUGAUAGCGCUAGUCAAUUAUCAAAGGAUAUUCGUAUUUUACAUAACCGUUUAGAAAAAUUUUGUG